AUGGGAAGUCCUUUCUUUUGUUUUGUAGGACUACCCAGAAGACUCCGAGGUACAAACCUGCUAUGGAAUGGCAACACGGAAGAGGCUUUAUCUCUUUUGCGAGACGAUGUUUUAGUUUCAUAUCCUGGAACAAGGUGCCACUGCAGCAGCCUGGCCUUCUCGCUCAUCGUGCACGCGCUGGCUCAGCACACGGCCGAGGGCGACUACCAGACGUGGGUGGAAGAGCACGUGCUGGGCACGGAGGAUACCGGCUUCGACUUCACUCCCGCCACGCUCUCCGAGGUCAGCCCCGGAUACUACAGCAGUGGAGAAGCCGCUCCCCUCUGCGACCUGGACUGGUAUCACCCCGCGGGCCAAAUGUACUCCACCACCAGGGACUUGGACAAGCUUGCCAUGCUCCUCCACGGCUUGUACAGAGGUGUCGGCAAAGUCAAAGUCGAAGGCAACCGCGGCGGUGCGCUUCUUCAACAAGGCACCGUUUGGACCACGCUGGCUCCUCUGCACGAGUGCCAGGAGGGAUAUUUCGCCCACAAGACCGGCACGCCGUAGGAGACGGACGAGCGGUCGGGGUACGACGUGGUGAGGAAGGACGGCGACAUCGACGGCUACACGGCCACAUUCUCGCUGGUGUCCACGCUCAAGCUCUCCUUCAUCACGCUCAUGUCGGGCGGGCGGCCCCGAGGCGUCGACCCCGCCGUCGAGGCGUACCGGCUGCUCGUCCCGGCGCUCCGAGAGACGCUGAGGCAGCCGUCCCCGCCCGAUCCUGGGGCGUACGUUUGCUAUUACACGCACGGGAACGCGACGUUCUACGAGGUGCGGGCCCACGACAGCGGUGCCCUCUCCACGCGGCAGCUUGGCCCACACAUGGACGAAAUCCCCGAAGGUUACAGAACUAUUUGGGUCGGUUACUUAAUGGAUAUAAUCUUUCAAGUCACUUUCGAGGGAGAUUAUCCCUGCGUCUUUCGUACGCCAAAUGUUACGCUGACCCUGCAGUCUCAAGACGGGAAAAUGUUUCACUUUUACGCCUUCAACAUAUAUGGUGUCUCUCCAGGUUUUGAUAUUCCAGGACUGAAUAUAUACCAGGUUCUCAAAAUUCAAAAGCAAGGUCCCUUCCUAAUUGGUGUUAAUAUUACAAAAUUGAACACGAAGCGGCUUAAUAGCCUGGUUAAUGUCCAGUGUGAGGUGUAAUAGCAGAAUGUCUAACACGUUCAAUAUGUAUUAUGUGAUCGUGCAGUGAUAUCUAAUUACGUGAAAUUUUCAGAAAAAAAUUAAGCGCGCUGUUGAGAUCAAUUAGAAUCCUUUCAGAAGAGGUAAUGUAUUUGUAACAAAAAAUGUGCUUUGUAAAAAUGCACAUAAUUAAUAUUCCUUGAUUAAUUCAAUAAUAUAGUGCAGGUUUUCUGGGAAUACCCGCCGAAUUAUCAGCAUUAAAGAUGGGCAAAUAUGUUCACCAUGGUAAUUGAACUUUGUUAUUACUGUGCAUGCAAAUGAAGGCAUCCAAACAAGAAAGCUAACAUGAAAGAAAUACAUCUCUUGAAGUAGUGUCAUGCAGUGUAUAAUUCGAGCCAUUUAUUUAGAGCCUAAAACAUGCAGUUGUCCGUGAUAUUUAAAUAAUGUGCCAAUUUGGAUCAAUAACACACGAAGAAAGAAUGGGCCCUCUGAUGCUGUUUUUUGGUUGUACCUCGCGUAUCUCUCAGCACGAUGCCCAAAGUUUUUCCCCGCGUGCUGGAAACUUCUUCCUCCUCCAGCACGUGGAGUGAGCACGUGGAGUGAGGACUUAAGUUAAUAUUCAGUAUUUCUCACCAGUUGUCCUUCAUCAACACGAUGAACAAACAUGACCAAACAUUUAGACCACACAAUAAUAUGCACAUUUGUAUGGCGUCUGUUGAUACAACCGGCUGAUGAGUGCCCUCCCAUGGAAUGGAGGUUGACUAUGGGAUUUGUAAGAAGGGAGUGAGAUGAGAGAGAAAUGGGUCAGACCAUGAGGACUCUUACAAUAAUGGCAAUCUUGAAGUGAAUCCAAGACAUGACUUUGCAAGCAGGUGAGAAUCCUAACAGGAGAAUAUUAUAUUCAGAAUUGAAGCAUAUUGUAUUAAUAACACGCAGUAAUCAAAUGGGGAUUUUGUUUUCUGCAAUGUCAUUGCCAACAGCAGCGUGUUAAUUUAUUUCUCUAUUUACCAUCGGCUGCGACAUUGGGGAAAUAAAGUCGCACGCAUUGUUGGUCUAAAACUUAUUUACAGAAUCGUCUGGAAUGCGCCUGAGAUCACGUGACUUUGUUCAAGAUCAUAUUUUCUCGUUGCAGCUGCAACAGCAGUCUCGGUGCUGGAUGCUUUUGCACCGAUCACCUGGCAACACAGCAAAAACAUUUAUCCUCAUGGUGAUUGAUAUUUUCCCUCACCGAUGUGUGUAGGUUUUCACCACGGUGUUGUUUGAAAUUGAUGUCUGACGUUUCGCACCACAUACAACCCAAAAACACGUCGGAGUGCUGUAGAGCACAACCGCAAAUACCUACGCAGUAGUGAUGUGUUAUGCAAUGUGUACACGUUGGCAAAUUCGUCACGAGAACCAAAUUAAUUUGUCUAUAUGGAGACAAAUAACAUUUUGGUGUCAGUUAUCUUAUUUAUCUUUUGUGGUUUUUUUCACCUUUAUUUCCUGCAUUGGCUCGUUUCUUUUCUCCUUAAUUCAAAGGCUCAGCAAGGAUUUCCCAUUGCCUAGAUGACCUGCCUGGUUCAUGACAACUUCUUGGGCUUAGGCCAUCCAGGAAAGACAGGAGGGGUUGGGGGUUUGGGCCUCCUAGGAUGUGCUGCAUUGAUGAUUCAAGAUAUGAACUUUGAACCAAAAAUGUGCAGCUGUGUUGCAAAACUACGGCUGGGAUUCCACGCUUGUACUGUGUAGCUUCUCCGAUGUGUGUGUGCUUCGGGUUGUACCAUGCGUCGAUCGGCUCCUGAAAUAGCUCCCAGCAUGUGGAGCAAAACGUCUGACAACGAUGUCAAACAACACGUGGUGCAAACCAACUACACGGGAGACCUGUGAAUUGCGAAACAGAUGGUAUGGUGAUGCCACAUUUUACAUCAGACAUUGCACAUCAUUUGAAUAGAGAAACACGUUGUUCUUUUCACUGAUAUUACAUAAUGCGACUUUAGUGUAUUAAACACACACACACACAAACAAAACACUACGUAUAUUUAACUUUUUUUUAAGUGUCUGCAACUCUUAUUUUUUUCAGAAGCAUUACAAACGUAUAUUCACGUGAACACUGGCUGUUUAUGGCCAAUUGCAUAUGAGUUAGAGAGUACGUUUCUAUAGUGGCAUGUGUGUUCUAAUUGCAACGUGCAGGUAUUUGCACACAUGCAAUGAUACGGAAUUAUCACUGUUGAUGGCUGUGCUGCCUGCUAUUGUGGGCACAUGUUUGCGUGCAUAUACACGCACACACACUGUUAAUGCUGUACAUUAAAUACACAGUCCACCUGCCUGCAAUGGCGUGAACAAUAUAUGUACAGCACAGGAAAACCCUUACAUGUUAGAAGUUUCGUGUAUUCGUAUACGUGCGCAAUGGCAUUCCUGGUUUAUUUAGCUCACUCAUUACUGAUGUAGUUUUAAAUUAAUUGAAACUCCUCCUAUACAUGUAUAAAUUGGGGUCCACUAUGGAUGGAUCUUAAUGCGGGUACAUAUUGAAAGCAAUAAACUAUUGAUAUAUGUGUGGGUGACCUCAGGUAAAUGCAGACAAUAAGAUCCAUUUGUUGAGAUAUUUCUGGGUCACUACUCUUAUCUAAAAAAAUCCCAGAUAAUAGGAUUAAUGCAGCACUUCCAUGAGACCACUUCUAAACAGGGUGCCCACCUUCUGAGGGACAAAGGGCCAUUACACACUCAUUCAAUGAAUAGGAAUAUCGCACCACACCAGGAGAGGGGAGGGCUACAUCUCAAUGCAUUGUCUUUGGCCGUGUAUUAGUAACACAAUUGCGCAACUGACAAAACCCGUUUAAUUAAUGCCGUUCCAUAUGAAAACACAGAAUAGCUGGAGGGGAAUUGUUUAUUAUAAAUUGAUCUUUUUCAACAAGAUCUCGAGGCAUUACUCUGCUUUUUAAAUCGUGCUUGGAAUUUACUGUAAAGACGGUGUUGUCUUGUACGGGAGAGGAUGAUGAAAUUACAAUGUCAUAGUAACGAAAGGGACACUUUCUUAACAUAUCUCUAAUUCUCUAGUGAACUCUCAAGUGUCCUCAAGGCAUUUGCAUUUCCAAAGAUCCCAAAUGGUGCUGGAAUAGUAGUGCAACUCCUAUGGAGUGAUGGAUGGCUGUAACACAAUGAGGUGGAAUUGAUGUUCUUGUAUAUUUUGUUAAUUUCACAAAUAUAUUUAUGUACUUGAUAUUGUAUUGUGCCAUAUAUGCGUAGUACAUUGUUCCGUUGUUAAUGAUCUUCAAUCCCGCUGUCCGAUCGGCAUUCUGCAAUAAGGCAUAUUUUUCUCCAUGGAUGAAAUUGUGUUCUUGGUGUAGGGAGUGUUUAUUAGCUUUGACUUUUUUUGAAAGAAACAAAUUAAAAUACAAAUAGGAAAACUAAGCAUUUCUUCUAUUUUAUACCUGAAUAAAAGAGAAGAAAUGUU